AUGAACCAACCUCCCAUGCAAAUCGCGAAGAACACAGUUGAUCUCAAAGGAAGUGAAACAAAUGAUAUAGAGCGUUCUGCGAGCUCAGGAUCUGAGCGUCAUGGCAGCAUUCUCGUCCUGUCUGCAGCAGACGAUGCUGGGUACCAUCGUUCCCUGACGAGGCGCCAAAUCAUGAUGAUGACCUUUGGAGCUGGCAUUGGCACUGGUCUCUGGGUGGGGACUGGACAAGCAUUGCAUUAUGCUGGUCCUGCCGGAACAGCACUCGUCUAUACUAUCACAGCGAUGAUCGUGUACGCCCAAUAUUCUUCAAUUGGCGAGAUGACUACAUACAAGCCUGUCCAUGGUGGCUUUAUCCGACAAUGCGCUGAAUAUGUGGAUCCAGCAUUCGGCUUUGCCAUUGGUGUUAACUUUUGGUUUGCGUGGGUGAUGAUUAUCCCAGCAGAGAUAACCGCAGCGAUAUCCGUCCUAAAAUACUGGCCAGAAACCGAUGUCGUACCACUCGCAGGGUACAUCACCAUAUUUCUGGUGAUAUUCGCCGUCGCAAACAUGUUCCACGUCCGGGUCUACGGCUACAUCGAGUAUUAUAUGUCCUUCGUGAAAUGCUUUGCAGUCAUCUUGAUGAUAUUCUUCAUGUUCAUCAUGACAUCGGGAGGAAUACCAGCAACGAAUGGCCCAAUCGAGUUCCGAUACUGGAAAAACCCCGGAGCUUUCAAUAAUGGAAUAAAGGGUAUUGCUAAAGCGUUUGUACAGGCAGCCUUUAGCUUUGGCGGCGGCGAGCAUAUCGCUGUUAUAGCCGGCGAAGUAGCCGAUCCUCGUCGCACUAUUAAGAAAACAGUUCGACCCGUUUUCUGGAGAAUGUUUACUUUCUUCGUGGUUAAUAUCUGGCUCGUCGGGAUGUGUGUUCCAUCCAAUGACAUCGAUCUUGUUAACGCCAGCGGGACUAUGGGAAGUCCUUUUGUCAUUGCAAUCAAGCGGUCAGAUGUUUACGGUUUAGCACAUGCCAUCAACGGGUUCAUCUUCCUCAGUGUUAUCAGCUGUGGCAUUACCAGUGUUUAUAUCGCAAGUCGAAGUUUGACAGCACUCGCUGACUUGCAGAUUAUCCAUCCGUUCUUCGGAAAAAAGGAUUUGCAGGGCCGGCCCUAUGUGUCCCUGAUUAUCAGUUUGGGUCUUGGUGGUGGGCUGGGGUAUCUCAACUGCAAUAGUGUGGGCACUAUGGUAUAUAGUUGGUUUUCAGCUUUGGUGGCAAUAGCAACUCUUUUCCAAUGGGCCUCGAUUUAUAUUGCUCAUCUUCGCUUCCGGCAAGGUCUUCGAGCCCAAGGCAAGGAUCUCAAAAGACUUCCAUUCAAAGGCCUUCUCACCCCUUGGGCGCAAUACAUCAGUCUCACCAUUGUGCUGUUUAUCUUUGGUUGUCAAUUCUACCUAGCUUGUUGGCCGUUCGGAGAAAAGGGCUCAGUGAAGAGCUUCUUCUCCUCUUAUCUCGCAGCUCCGUUGUUCUUCUUUGAUUACUUUGGAUACAAAUGGUAUUUCAAAACAAAGAUAGUCAAGCCGACUGAAAUGGAUUUUGGACCUGCCAAAGCAUUUGAUGAGCAGGACCUUAUCAAUGCUAUUGCAGCUGAAGAUGCGGAAAGGGACCCAGAGAAGAACCAGCAGAAAGCCUGGAUAAAACGUGCUCAAUAUAUGGUAUUUGGAUAA